GCUGAAUCGGUAAUGUUGCGAACAACGUGAAUAUGUUAACAGAGUUUUGAUGUUCUCAAAAAGCCUAUGUCAACAGCAGACGUCAAAUUUGUUGACAAAAGAUAAUUUCUGACGUGAGUCCUGUGCGUGCUUGCGUGUAUGCGUGCUUGCGUGUAUGCGUGCAUGCGUGCGUGCGUGAAAAAGAGAGAGAUAGAGCGAUUAGCCACGAGAGGGCACAAAAGCAGCCGGCAAUAGAAGUGAGUGAGCAUCGCGUGUGAGCAGAAGUGAAGAAUCUAAAAGACGUAUAACCCGUUGCAAUCCUGUAUAAUAGUGCUCUGUCCUGCUGAUUUGGUUGCUUCUUUCGGUUUUACGAGUGUAGUAGACGUUUCCUUAUUAUUUUCUGUGUAAAUUCCUCUUUGUUUCUCGAUAUAAAUUACGACACCAAUCGCGGUACAAAGUAUGAAGAUAAUUUGUAUUUAGUACGGCUUAUUAUAUAGUGCAUACAACUUUGAAGUGCAUUACAUUAUUUACGUGUUUACCACCGCAUAAAGUCAAAGAAAAUACUCGUAUAAAACGAAUUUACAGCAAUGUUUGAAUGGGCAUAUGAUGGUGUUAAUGUCUCGAUACCACGUAAUGCAGGACCAGAAUGUGCAAACUACUUAAGCCCAAAACGAAGAAUCAUUGAAACAUCAUUGAUAUCGGUGUUCAUAGUAGGUUGCCUAGUUUGGGGGUACAAACAUAUUAAAUUGCCAACCAAAGUAUCAUACGUAAAUCAUGACCGUGUUGGCAGAAGAGUUUUAUUAAUUAUUAUGUCAUUAGUAUUAGGAAUAGAAAUUGGUUUUAAAUUUACCAGCAGAACAGUAGUAUAUAUAUUGAAUCCUUGCCAUAUAACAACAGCGGUACAGCUAUAUUUGCUGGCUGCAGAUCCUAGUCCUACAGUCACAGCUAUAUUUAGGAUACAUUUAAAUUUUUUGAAUGGACCUGUUCUAGCAUAUUUAUUUCCUGAGACAGAAUCUCGCAGAAUAUUUGCAGACAAAGCAAUGUACUACAUUCAGCAUGGUUUAAUGGUAGUGAUACCAUAUUAUUUACUGAGGAUUGGAGGUGUUUAUAAUGUUGAGCCUUUGUCAGAUAUGAGUUGGUGUAUUUUAAGCUAUGGAAUAAAUUUAGCUUAUCAUUUCUGGGUUAUCCAAGCUGUUGCUUUGCCUAUACAAGUAAACCUUAGUCAUAUGUUAUGUGCAGCUGUUCUAGACCCUUUUGAAGGUCAAUAUUAUAGAAUAUGGGCAUUUAUUCAUCAAGCAUUAUUAUGUCCAUUAUUAUGCAAAUUAUUUUGCUAUAUAUCAGACUUCUUCUUAACAAAGUUUCCACUAACUAAAACAAAACCGACAUUGGAGUGUGUACUUCCAAAAAAAAAUAAAUUUGAAGAGAAUGAGAAGUUAUACGAGGACACAAAUACUUCAGGGAAUGGACAUACUCACGUAAAUUAGGUCAGUAUUUCGUAAUCCAGGUGAACGUAAUGUCGGCUGCAGUUCAGUGAGUAUUUGAUGAUACACAGAAAUAGAUAAGUUUAUAUGUCAAUAAUCAAAUGAAGACAAGCCAAUUUGUGCAUUCAUAAUUGUACAGUUGUCACCUGUGAAAAUUACAGGUCCUUGUUCCAAAUAAACACAUUUGUAGUUAUUUUUUACACUGUAUGCGUGAAUACAGUGAAUAGGAACAGUGCAGGGCAAACUAUAGUAGUAAUCAGGAAUUUAUAAAUUUUAAUUUAUUACAUAACGAAUAUUUUACGAGUUUUAAGUAGUGUGCUACUAUUAACUCUGUAGCAGAGUUUUCCUGCUUAGAUUUUUUCCAAAUACGAAAAUCCUAUGAUUUUGCAUUUGCGAUACGUCUGUGAUUAGAAAUAUUAUACGAGAAUUAGUUUCUUAUUUAA